AACCACAGAAUACAGCGUGUCAGGCGAUGAAGGAUCGCCGCUGCUGUUGGACGCGUGGUAAAGUCAUUGGCGGCAGUUCCGUACUCAAUACUAUGCUCUACAUACGUGGAAAUCGGCGCGAUUUCGAUCAGUGGGCAUCGUUUGGCAAUCCCGGUUGGGGCUACGAAGAUAUACUACCCUACUUCCGUAAAUCGGAAGAUCAACGUAAUCCUUACUUGGCGCGCAAUAAACGUUACCAUGGCACAGGUGGUCUCUGGACUGUGCAAGACUCACCUUACAACACGCCAUUAGGGCCGGCUUUCCUACAGGCUGGCGAGGAAAUGGGCUAUGAUAUUGUAGACGUGAAUGGCGAGCAGCAAACGGGUUUCGCUUUCUAUCAGUUCAACAUGCGACGCGGUUCACGUGCCUCCGCCUCUAAGAGUUUCCUACGUCCUGCGCGUUUGCGCAAGAACCUUGAUGUGGCGAUGUUUGCCCACGUUACGAAGGUGCUGACGCACCCAGAAACCAAACGUGCAAUUGGCGUGCAGUUCAUACGCGAUGGGAGCCUACAAACAGUCUAUGCCACACGCGAGGUUAUACUCUCGGCUGGCGCGCUAAGCUCACCACAUUUAAUGAUGCUCUCGGGUAUCGGGCCAGCAGAUGAGCUACAACGCGUGGGCAUACCACUAGUACAGCAUCUACCCGGUGUAGGUCAGAAUUUGCAGGAUCACAUAGCUGUCGGCGGCAUUGCAUUCCUCAUCGACUACCCGAUUUCGAUUGUGAUGAAGCGUAUGGUUAACAUUAAUACUGCCUUGCGUUACGCCAUCACUGAGGACGGACCACUCACAUCUAGCGUGGGUUUGGAGGCAGUAGCUUUCAUUAACACCAAAUAUGCCAAUGCUAGUGACGACUGGCCAGACAUAAGCUUUAUGAUGACCUCAGCAUCGGUUAUGUCUGAUGGCGGUUCGCAGGUAAAAACUGCACAUGGUUUAUCAGACGAAUUCUACCAAGAGGUCUAUAGCGAAGUGAACGACCGCGAUGUUUUCGGUAUCUUUCCCAUGAUGUUGCGGCCCAAAAGUCGCGGUUUUAUCAAACUCGCAUCCAAAAAUCCGCUUCGCUACCCUCUACUCUAUCACAACUACCUCACACAUCCAGACGAUGUGAAUGUGCUGCGCGAAGGCGUCAAAACCGCUAUAGCCGUGGGCGAAACCCAGGCUCUGAAACGUUUCGGCGCACGCUUCUGGAGCAAACCCUUGCCGAACUGCAAGCACCUGCCGCAAUUCACCGACGAAUAUUGGGACUGCGCCAUACGCCAAUACACUAUGACUAUCUACCAUAUGUCAGGCACCGCGAAAAUGGGUCCACCCAGCGAUCCGUGGGCGGUGGUUGAUCCACAAUUGCGCGUGUAUGGGGUGCCAGGACUGCGUGUAAUUGAUGCCAGCAUUAUGCCAACCAUUACUAACGGUAACAUACAUGCGCCGGUGAUUAUGAUCGCCGAGAAAGGGGCAGAUAUGAUUAAGGAGCUGUGGCUUAGCAGCACGCAGUGGCGUACGAAGCGUACGCGAUCGUAUUUGGAGCCUAUUUGUAACGUAACGGAGGCUACGGAAAAUACGUUAACGCAAAACAAAGACGAAACUACGUGCUCCUAGCAGAUUAGCUUUUGUACAUGAGAAUUAAAUGUGCAGAGAGGGGAAGAGAGGAUUUGACCUCAGCUACUUUUAAAUCAUACAAAUCUCUCGAAAUACCUCUCGCCGUCAUAUUACACUUCAAACAAUUAGUUGUUAAAUGUUACUUUUAAUUAAUUUUAAUUAAUAUAAUUUAUAUUUAUGGUAUAGAGUACAAUUAUAUUUUUAAAAUAAUUUUUAGUGGCCACUUCUUUCAGCUUCAUCGCAAUCCUGCAAGUCUUAAAGUAUAAUUGCUAGUUAAUUUAUAUGUUUUAACAGUUUUUUAUUAUGCCACAGGACUUUACAAAGAUUAUCUCAUAAGCCAUGUUUUGCAUUGUACAUAUCGAGUCACGGUUCCGCUAGUUUUAGGUAACUAUUAAAUUUUGUUUUUAAAAUUGAAGAUUUGUUAUUUAAUAAAUAA